UGAAUCAUUAUUAUCCAGUUGGUUGUUAUUUGGGUUAAACUCCAUUGUUACUUUCUUGUACUCUUGGAUUAGAGUUUGCUCCUGGAUUGGAAUGUUUUAUCGGUUGCUUUAAGGAGUGGAUUCUUCUUGUUUUCAAAUCGCUUCCGUGUGCCAUAUCAUGUGGAUUCAGAGCUACUGUUCGUUCCUGUCGUAUCUAGAAUAAUCGGUCGAGGAUUCCUGAGCAAUCUAGAUAUUUUAUCAUAAGAAAAAAAGAAAAAUAAAUCUUUGAUCUUGUUUGAAAAGUUGAAAGCAGUUGAGGAUUUGGGUUCUUAUCAUCAUCUCUUAGACGAGAGAGAGCAUUGGUUCCGCGGAAAUGUUGAUGGGAGUACUACCUGCCAUUUUAUAAUCGAUGGUGAUUGUGUGGAAAAUUUGGUAUCCAUGAGAUUGGUGGAAUCACUUGGUCUCGAAAUGGAUUGGUACCCUCAUCCAGAUCAGAUUGACAAUGUCAAGAAUGGAGUAACUAUUUGUGUUGGAGUUUGCAGGCUACCAUUUUCCUUCGGAAAAUAUUAUUCUGACACUAUUAUUUGCGAAGUAGAUGACAUAGUUGUUGGUGAUAUCGUCUUGGGAAGGCCGUGGUUAUCCGAUGUUGGUGCAGUUCGUAGAGGCUGGGAGAACUCGUACGAAUUUAGAUGGGGAAGGACAAAGGUAAUAUUAACUCCAUUUCCUAGACCUGGAGUUAUCAAGGAGCAUUUGCAAGAUGUAGUUGAAGAUGACCUUACUACUGAUGGUGCUUGUCACAAGAACGUAAUUGUUACUUCCUUGAUUUCAAGUGAGAUGACCAGUUCCGAAGUACAGUCUCACCUCUGCCCAUGUAAAGAUCCUUGUAGUAACUUCUGUACACCAACCUUUUGGGGAUAUUGCAUGACCGUGCUUGGAAAGUUUCUUGGGAGUUCUUACAUUGUAAGGAUGGUAGCAAACAUCACUUCCCGACUAGUUGGUACGUGCAUGUAACGCAGACUGUGAAGCUGAAUUUCUUUUCGGAUUGGCUAGUGAUACCAAUGCACAAUUCAAAAUCAAGUUGCGUCACUAGUGGCAGUUCCAAGUUCCUCUCGUCAAUUUGUCAUUUUUAUGUAAACUCGAGGCGAGUUUCGUCGCAGUGGGGGAGCUUGAUACGGGACGUAUAUUUGGGAUUCACGUGCAUUUCAAGAUACGACAAAUAUCUUGGAUAUAUCUUUGGUUCAAUGUUUCGUGUCUUAGGAUAUUCUUUGAAUUUGUUUGUCGGUUAGUUUCCUAGUCAAAUAAGAUAUGGAACUUUAAAGAUAAAUAUCUUUAGGAGUCAAAGUUGUUAGGAUAAACUUCACACGUAUGUGAAGUUCUGGUCAGUCGAUGGUUAUAAGUAGUCUUUUCUUUCUGUUUGUCAAGUAGCUUGCGAGCUCGUCUAUUGAAUUAUUAUUAACCAGUUGGUUGUUAUUUGGGUUAAACUCCAUUGUUACUUUCUUGUAAUUUUGGAUUAGAGUUUU